AUGCAUCUCCUCCUCAUUCGUCACGCUGAGAGCGUAGAUAACGUGGCAAACCUCUACGGUGGCUCUCGCGAUGCUCCAUUGACUGCUCACGGCGCGCUUCAAGCUCGACGACUGGCCUCGAGUCUCUCCAGGUUGAACGUGAGGCAUGUGUUUGCGUCCAACCUCCAGCGAGCUUCGCAAACUGCGCAAGCUAUUUGCGAUGCUUGCAAUGUGUCCGCCCAUGAGGUGAAGGUUGUACAGGUACCGUACCUUCGAGAGAAGCAUUUCGGUACUUGGGAGGGUGUCAAGUUUGCCAGCUCGAGCAAGCGGCCUCUACAAACUGGCGCAGAGACCUCGGAAAGUAUCAACAACAGAGCCCAUGCAUUUUUGGAUGUGUACUUGGGACCUCUGCUAUCUACCUCUGAUCCCAACAGCUCCGUGGUCAUUGUCAGCCAUGGCAUCAUGUUAAAUGCUCUGACCCAAGCGUUGGUGAGCAAGUUCAGCUUUGGUGAUUCGCCAAGCUUGACUCAACUCACUGCCAGGUUACCAUGGAGCAACACAGGCUACCUUCAUCUUGAAGUAGCCAGAUUGGAAGAAAACGCCUCUACCACAGACGUCCUCUGGUCCAACUUGGCCGUGGACGUUUCCCGCGUUAAUUUCACCGCACAUUUGAACGGUCUACGCAAAACCCGCGGCGGAAUUGGGAGCGCGGCAUACGACAAAAGGCAAAGGACAAUUGAAAAAUUUCUUGCGGCCCCCCGUAAGCGAAAGGCAGAGGAUCCGCUCAGAGAUUGUUAG